CUUAACUCGACUUUGAGGAGGGCUUGUUGUGCUUUCCACGUUGAACUGGAUUCUCAAUAAAUUCUCAAAAUCAGGCGGAACCUUAAGCUCCUACUUUAUCAUUAGGUGGCUACUACAGGAGUAAUUUUUGCAUUCUUUUGAGAAAUCUUUUUUUUUUUUUUUUUCCCCCCCCAUUUCAUGCCAGCCCACCGGUUAACCUUCAGGCUGAAGCUUGCUGGUUUGUCUCCUGUGUCUUCAAGUCGCUCACCUUCUCAAACGAUAUGACCAACUGGAAGCCUGCAGAAGGAUCCAGAAAGCUGAGAGGAGGAUGAAUCCUCCAGGUCAUCGAAGACAUCGACGUGUCUUUGUUGCUGCCCGUCUACGGCGGCCCCAUCUGCCUCCCAAAGGUUAACCUCCCCCGAACACUCACACGUGGGCACCCCAGAGGGUAGGAAAGGCGAGCCGGCCCCUGUAAAUAUGCCUGGAUGGAGGUCUCAGUGGCGUCUUGUCCUUCUGAACUCCCUUACCUGUGGCUUGGAGAUCUGUGUGGCAGCUGGGAUCACAUAUGUGCCCCCGUUACUGCUGGAGGCCGGUGUGGAGGAGCGUUACAUGACUAUGGUUUUAGGUAUUGGUCCAGUGCUCGGCCUCCUCUUCAUCCCUCUGAUUGGCUCAGCCAGUGACAACUGCAACAGCAGUUAUGGAAGAAGGCGGCCUUUCAUCUGGCUGCUAUCUCUGGGAGUACUCCUGGCGCUUUUGAUCAUUCCCCAUGCCGACAUCCUGGCCGCACACCUCGCCUGGGGAGGACGCACUUUCCAGGUGGGUUUCCUAAUCCUUGGAGUCGGCCUUCUUGACUUUUGUGGACAAGUUUGCUUCACGCCAUUGGAGGCGCUAUUGUCAGACCUGUAUCGAGAUGGGGAGGACUGUAACCAAGCCUUUGCGAUGUUCUCCUUCAUGGUCAGCUUGGGAGGCUGUGUGGGAUACUUGCUUCCUGCACUCGACUGGAGCCACAGCCUGCUCUCGGUUUACCUUGGAGGCCAGGACCAGUGCCUCUUCUUUCUCCUCAUCCUCAUCUUUAUAACCAGCCUGCUCAUCACUAUGAAGGUUUCCGAAGAACCCUCCUGUGCCGUCGGCGACUCGGCCGGUGCCGCAUCUUCGCCGGAGCCGGGAACGGGUGCGAUGGAAGCAGGCCAGUGCGGUGUGCCUCGGUCAUGCUGCUACCUUCUGAAGUGCAAGUUGAGGCUUCUGAAGUCGGGACCUCUGCUAUGCUUGCUGAGAACAUGCUGGUCCAUGACCCCUGCCAUUUACAGGAGCUACUGCUUUGUCCCGAGGGUGAUGUGGCAGCUGUGUGUGGCUCAGCUCUGCAGCUGGAUGGCUGUAAUGUCCUUCAUGCUCUUCUUCACAGUCUUUGUAGGAGAAGGCCUGUAUGGUGGUGUUCCCAGUGCGGUACCAGGAAGUGUGCCCAGACAAAGAUACGAUGAAGGUAUCCGUAUGGGAAGUCUGGGUUUGUUCCUCCAGUGUGCUACCUCAACCUUCUUCUCAAUGGUCAUGAGUCGACUGGUUCACCGUUUCGGAUCGCGCUGGGUGUAUUUGAGCAGCAUGGUGAGUUUCACGGUGUCUGCUUUGGUCAUCUGCCUUUCUAAAAGCGUGGUCCUCGUCACAACCAUGGCCGCCCUUACCGGCUAUGCCUAUGCCGCGCUGCAGACAUUGCCCUACACCCUCACCUGCCACUACCACAAGGAGAAGAAGGUGUAUAUGCCAAAAAGGAAAGCCAAAACCGCGCGCAAAAAUGGUUUUACAACCAAGAGAGACUAUUUGACUCCAGCGGAAGAGGAGGGCUUACUCAACAACGCGGUCGGCCCCUCCUUUGGAAAUGCCUUCUUCGGCCAGGACGGUUACUACGCUGCUCCCCUCAACCAGAACGGCUCAGCUCGCAGCCCCGCCGGCCCCGAGCCGGAGGACCUGGAGUCGGGAUAUGAAGAGCGCGGCGUGGGCUUGGACUUUGCCGUUUUAGAUGGCACCUUUCUGCUCUCUCAGGUUAUCCCCACCCUCCUCAUGGGCACCAUUGUGCAAUUCGCACAGUCAGUCACCGCCUAUAUUGCCUGCUCUGCAAUCUUAGGCAUUGUUGCCAUCUAUUUAGCCAAUCAUAUUGUCUUUGACCAAAAGGACCUCAAAGGCUGUGACUCAGAUGGGAAACCUAUGGGAAAGAUUGUGGAAUAAUGGCGGAGGAGCGUGUUGGCAAUGCAGUCGCCGAGUAUCCCAGGAGGCCUUGCUCUAUGUUUGUGUUAUUUGCACCAUUCUGAGGCAUUGUAGAAUGAGUGAAUAUGUCAUCAGGGACAUGCCACAGGUUUUGCCCAGGUGACGAAGGGUUUCCUUUCCUCCCCGCCAAACGUAUUUACACGCUAUUCUCGGAUAUAUACAGGGUAUGAAAGGUGACACGGCGAGGGAAGAUGGUUGCCUUGCUGCUUCAAUAUUUCACAAAGCCAUCUGAGAAAAAGCUGAAAGGCGAUUGAACGGAUUAUCCGUUUGUCCCAUCCAUUUUGAUGAACAAGCACGGGAACGCUGCCACCUGCAAAAUCGCCCCCGAGCUGCCUCUUCGAUUUCGUUAAAGACCGUUGAGUCGUCUGAGCAGCUCAGACGCAAUUGGUGCCACGGAGGCACACUCCAACCCAACAAUUGUGCCACAUACUGCGCUGCCGUUUGCAUUGCGAGUGAAGCCAUUGGAACACACCCCUCCCAUGUAGUGUCUCUUUAAAAUAGUCAAGAGCGCUAUAAAGUAGAUGGAAUCAUAUCCGCGUAGGAGUGGUAUUCUAUUAGAACUGGACUACAGAUGUCCCAAAUAUUAUGAAAGAGCUCUAUCUCUGAUUAGGACAAACAUAUCUCAGGUUAGCACUUUGCCGUAGUGCCCUCUUCCGUCUCAAUGCCGCUGCACCUUCAUGUUUUCACGUAAUUGACAAUCUAGGACUCCCAGAUGGGCUUUUUAUAUACAAUAGCACCUGCAAAUGACAUUCACAUUUCAGCCAUUGCCAAAAGACCAAAUCAUUUGCUCAGUAGUGAAAGUGAACCAUUUGCUGACCGAAGAUGACCGCAGGCAAUGUGGAAGAGCGGCCUGUGCGUGCGUGCGUGCGUGCGUGCGUGCGUGCGCGCGUAUGUAUGUAUUCAUGCUCACAGGUAAUCGCCAGGCCGUCUUCUCAUUGGAGCGUUGUGGAUCUAUUUUCUGAUUCGACUUAACCAGGUACAUACAGUCCUUCGAUGCCUGAGAGAUGUUUUUUUUUUUUUUUAAACAAACAAUGAUAGUUUUGUCCCAGAAUGCAAACAAAAAUAUGAUCUAGCAGUAGCACAAUUGUCCAAAAAAGUGCCUGUAUAUUUUUCUGCCUUUUGUACCUAUUUAUUUAUAAUGCUUUUAUUGGGGGGGGGGGGGGGGGGGAGUUUUUAAGAUAUCGGCCUUUGGCAUCUGCUUUAGGUGCAAGGAUGAGGGCUAUUUCUGUGAAAAAGCUAAAUUAUUUGUACAGUGACGUGCAACCAAUCCUCUUGAGUCCUAACUUAUUUGAACAUGAAAACUUUCUUCAGUAGCAUCUGCAGUUUGCUUUCACUCUUUAUUUGCCAUGCUAUUAGAUCUUAUUUUGUCAGCACUGCUUUGAUUACCACUAUAAUUCUCUUAUUUGUUUUCAAGUAAUUCUUAUUUUUUAUUUGUUUUUACUUUGAAGGCGAAAGUUGAUUUUAGCCCCCAAUAGCGACCGUCUCGUUGGAGUUUUAAGCCAGUGCCAAAUUCAGACUCUUACAUUUUUAAUCGCAUGUACCACAAGAUAUUACUGGUUGUUGUCGUUGAUGCAUAAAGCCAUGACCGCAAACCAUUUUACACCCAUCAUAUUAUUCUGUAAUAAAUGUGAUUUCCCAAACAGUUGUUAUAAACAAUAAAACAAACUGGCUGACAA